AUGCCUUCUUUUACAACAGGCCCGCCAGCAGCUAAACCUGCAUCCAUUGAACUCGUCGAAAGGGCGGCAUCCUUUACAACCGUCGCCCAGACCCUUCUACGGCGUCUAGCGAUUGCCAUAGACCCUCCCUCUAUCGGCUCUCUGUUCGCCGAGGUCACUCCGCAGUUGAGCGCCAUCAUCAACUCCCCAGAAUUGCCAGCGGGCAAGGCACGAAAGCAAAAGAGCGAAUUAGAUCGACUGGGAACGGAGCUAUGGAAUCUCUGCACGAGGCUUCGGCGCGAUGAUAUCUCGGGAGCGCACCCGUCGAGGAAGAAACUUCUGCUGCAGAGUCGUGCUUUUGCCUUUUUCAUGAUCGACAAGGCGAGGUUCUCGAAGGACGACAGCGCAAAGGAUAAGGUGUCGUUGGCGGAGCUGGUUCAUCUGAUGAGACUUGCGCUCAAGGCCGGGAAGAUGUGUAUUGAUGACGAUAAUACGAGGCUCGCAGGCGCUAUUUGUCUUAAGGGGUCGGACUACAACACGGCUUUGGCUGGACUUCAGACCACCAUAUCAGGGCCUGAUGAUUUGGCCGAAUGCAAGAGGUUGAGCUCGGAAUACUUUAUUAUGAGAACAGCGCUGUGCUGGAAAGAAGGAAAUCUUGACGUCGCCGAGUACAUGUACAACAAAGGACAACCCACAAUCCAGACGCUGGACCCAAGCUCGGCUGAAAAGAUGACAGAGGUGCUUUUCGAAAUCGGCAAAGACCUCAGUAAGAAGAAAAACUACAACCUAGCUGUGAAAUGGCUUGAACGAGCGUACGACAUCAUUAAUAGCCAGGAAUUGGACCGCCUACCCAGGGAUGCUGUAGAACUGCGGCUCGCCGUAGGUCAGGCGCACGUUCAUGCUCUCCUUGAGCUGAACACUAGGGAAGCGUCGCAGAAGGCUCAUGAUUUGGUCAGCUACAUCGAGUCCGAGAUCGGAGGGAAGCCCUUUGUCUUGCUGCUACGCCUGGAACUCCUUCAAAAGGCACCAGCAGAGGUCUUUGAUGUGGAGGCUUACGCCGACAUCUUGAGAAGCAUGGUGAUGACUUUCAAUUUUUCUGAGGCGCAUUUCAAGCUGCUGCUAUACCAUGCGCGGAAGCUUCACGACAAAAGCCCGACGUUGGCAUCUAGCAUGGUUAAUGGGAUGCUCAAAAGUACCAUUGCAUCUUCAGGUCGCGAUGAGUGGGUGGAGAGAUUGGUGCUCUUAAGGAUAUGGAUGGAGACGAAUCAGAGGGAUAAUAUGAAUGGCAUAGAGGAGCUGCAUAACGUGUUGAAUCGGCUCCAGGACAACUCGACAAAGCCUUUCGAGGCAUCUGCUGCUGUUGGAGCAUUGACUAAGAAGGUCGAGGUUACCUACAGCCAAGGACACUUUGAUAUCGCUGAUGGCUGGUGCCGGCUGGCAUUGCAGCCCGUCUUCCAAAACGGAGGCCCUGCCAAUAGAUCGAGACUCGGCAGGAAGCUCAUGCUAUGUGCUUUGUAUCGAAACGAUACUGAAGGAGCUCGUCAAGCAUUCAACGAAAUGUCAGAGGCAGCACAGAAUGAAACAAUGACACGAUAUCUCAUGUACAAGGUCGCUCUUCAGUCAAGGGAUCGCGAUCUGGCAGCCGAGUGUCUGGAACACGUUGGAGUGGCAGCGCCUGAGGACCCCAACUUCCUGUACGCUUGUGUGCUCGAAGCGCAAAAGGCUGGAGAAAAGUACUGUGCAGCGCAGGCUAUGAAGCAGCUCUUUGAGAGACACGAGUUCAGUGGAGAUUCGCCGAUACACUUGCCUGCACUCCUUCGAAGCAACAUUCGUUUGACAGUUUCGAUAAUGGACGGUGAGAAGGAUCCAGUUAAACGCAACGCCGCGGUGGAGGAAGUUGUUAGCCUCUUCGAAGGCGACAAAGAUGGAAAUCGCCUGUUCACGGUGAAGGAGCUUGACUGGUUCUGCCAGAAUGCAUAUAACCUCGGCCUCAAGCACUCGGACAGCUGGAACUUGGUUCAACUAGUACGCCUGUUCAAUUGCUGUCUUCAAAUUACUGAGACUUAUCCCGCAGAUCUGCCCGCUGAAUCAGAGGGCGACUUACGCUUCCGGAGAAUGUUCUGCAGCUUCGUCGCAGCAGCCGCACUGGUUUCACUAGCUCGUACGGAAGAUAACACAGAAAAGCAACUGCAAUAUUACCUUGACGUGAGGAAGCAUGUCGAGGCGUAUGAUACCAUGCUGCAGGUCCAGAUCAAAAACGUCGAAGUGCUGGCGGCCAAGGACUUGACAGCCAAGCUUGCGACGUUGCUGGUUUUUGACUUUGAGGCGGCAGUAACGCUGAAGAAUUACGACGCACUGGGGUACAUUCUUCGCCUUGCAGCGUCAUGCAAAGACGUAAAUGCUCUAAAAGCCAUGGGCGAUAUAGCUCUGAGAGGGCAGAUGCCGGGAAAAAAUUUGUAUACCACUCUCGGAGUUAUCGUCAACAAAAUAUGGGAGCUCGAGCCCAUGAGGUGCGAUAAACUAGCCCAGUAUACCCGCUGCAUGUUCCAAGCUGUCCGGCUGCUUGAUGUAGAAUGCGGAAAGAAGGUGAUGCAGCAAGCGAUCGAUAUCGCGAGGCAGGCGGGCAAGACCCCGAAUCCAUUCCCUCCUGAAGAGCUGGAAUGGCUGGUUGCCACUGCGUUCAACCAGGCUGUAGAUUCGUACAAUAACAGGUUGAAUGAUGAAUGCGUCAAGUGGGCGGAUCUCGCGAUGAAUUUGGCGCACCACGCCGGUGACGAUGGAGCCCUAGAAAGAAGGUGCCAGGAGAGUCGGAUGAAGUUUAAUUUUAAUGUAGAGUGA